AUGAGGCACACAUUCGUUUAUUUUCAUUACACUCUUUUGGUCCAGCUGGGUUUGUCAAGCGCCUGGCAGAGUCCUGGACGACCAUGUCCCAAGGCCUGCAGCAAAGCUGGCGAUGACCCUUCCAAAUGGACGGAUUUGCACGGCAUCGGGGCAUUGAAGCGGUGCCACGAGCCCGUACUCUUCGACACUGCGUUGUGGACUGACGACGAUCCACUCGUGCCGUUGACGCUACGAACCUGCACUGCAGCCGAUGAAGAAGUGAGAGUCCAAGUCGAUUACAGCCCAGCGCCAUUCACUUUCGGCAAGCCAUCCGAGGUGUUGGCAACCACGACGAAGUGCACACUCAAUACAACCUCCAACACCCAGGUCAAGGGCUAUAGAGCGAAUGGGCAGACGUUUCGGAAUGAAACGAUCCUUGACAUACGAAUCUGGGAUGAAGACGGUCUCAAAGCUACGCAAGGAGACGGUGAUAAAGUCUCAGGAGCCGCUAAAGCUCUACACGACUACCUCGCCAAACGGGACGACUGCUCUUCCACCAUCAAGUUUGUCCGUUACGUCACAACGUCGAGUGCCUUGACCGUCCUCCAAGCCCUCACUACUUGCCUCAAAGACAGGCCCGAUUCGCUUCGCCUGAUUGCUCAAGCUUGCUCCGGCCCAGCCCCUGCGACGUGGAUGGUCGGCGCCUAUUUUGAUCGUAAGGGAGAUAUCUCGGCCGCCCAGAAAGUGCUCAGAACGUGGGGUAUGGGCGACUGCAUCGAUGAUGGUUCUCGAGUAGGAACCGAUACGCCGAUGAACUUAGAUUUAGUCCGUGCAAUCAGUGUGCCUCUUCGCAUCGGCUUGUACAAAGGUUUUGGGCAGAUAAACGAGCCGAUUGAGCUCAAGGAUAUAGCCACGCGUUCACUGGAGCCUCGCGCUGAGUGCACGGCUAUUCAAGUUCAACCCAAGGACGGGUGUUGGGCACUCUCACAACGAUGCGGCAUAACUCAAAAAGAUCUUGAGAGCUACAACCCCGAAAACCUGGACUGUAACAAUGUUCAAACGAAGGCGUGGGUGUGCUGUUCUAAGGGUACCCUACCAGACAUGGGCCCAAAACCCAACCCCGACGGGUCAUGUGCUACUUACAUCACCCAGGAAAAUGAUACUUGCUCCAGCGUGGCUGCAGCAUUUGGCAUCACUAUCAAUAAAAUCAAAGACUACAACAAAAAGACAUGGGGUUGGUCAGGAUGCGCGCUUUUGAUUGGCCAAAAGUUCUGCGUCUCCUCAGGCGACCCACCGAUGCCUGCAGAGAGGGACAAUGCGGUUUGUGGUCCUCAGAAACCUGGAAGCACGAGACCAACUGAUGGCAUGGAUCUAAUUGAUCUCAAUCCUUGUGCACUGAAUGUUUGCUGCAACGUUUGGGGCCAAUGUGGUACCACAGACAACUUUUGUAUUUUUAACCCGGCAGACACGAAGAACCCUGGUACCACGCAACCCGAGAAGAAUUCUUGCGUAUCUAGCUGCGGUAUGAAUAUCACCAACAACAAAACCCCGCCCGAGCAAUUUCGCAAGAUUACGUACUUCGAGGCUUGGAACAAGAAUCGCCCUUGUCUACACAUGACCAUUAGUGAUGUUCCAAACAAUUUCACCCAUAUUCAUUUUGCGUUUCCACAGAUCACGGCCGACUACAAGAUCAACAUCACCGGGAUGGAGGACGAAUUUGGAAAGCUAAAGGGCAUCAAAGAUAUCAAGCGCAUCAUCUCAUUCGGUGGUUGGGCUUUCUCGACAGAGGCUCCAACUUACAAUAUCUUCCGCGAGGGUGUCACUGAUGCAAAUCGUGCUACUCUGGCGUCCAACAUUGCAAAGUUCGUUACCGACAACGGUCUUGAUGGCGUGGGCUUUGAUUGGGAGUACCCAUCUGCACCAGACAUUCCAGGUAUCCCACCUAGUGCCAUCGCAGCUGGAGACCAAUAUAAACUUUUCCUGCAGACCGUCAAACGGCGUCUCCAGAAACAAACUGUUUCCAUCGCGGCCCCUGCAUCUUAUUGGUAUAUGAAGGGGUUCCCCAUCAAGGACAUUGCUGGGAUCGUCGAUUAUAUAGUUUACAUGACGUACGAUCUGCAUGGUCAGUGGGAUUAUGGCAACAAGUGGUCAAAUCCCAGCUGCGAGGAGGGUAAUUGCUUACGAUCACACAUCAACAAGACUGAGACCCAGAAUUCACUCGCCAUGAUCACAAAGGCCGGUGUACUAUCGAACAAGGUAGUCGUUGGAGUCGCCAGCUACGGUCGCAGCUUUUACAUGGAAGAAGCAAGCUACAUUUCCAACGCCGAAAUCCGGGAAAUCAUCACAGAGAGUCUGCUUGGCUCAGGCGGCAAUGCCACAGUAUCCUAUGACAAAGAUUCUGAUUCGGACAUCCUUGUAUAUGGCGGCAAUGACUGGGUCUCUUACAUGAGCGACAAGACUAAGGCAUCCCGCACAGAUUGGUACAAGGGCCUCAAUUUUGGCGGAACAUCAGAUUGGGCUGUUGAUCUUGAUAAAGAUCAUGGAGAUGAUGGCGUCGGCAGUGUCGAUCCAGACGAGCUUGAGAAGGAAGGCGUUGGUCCAAAGUGUGAUUCCUAUGGCAGCUACGACACGCUUGAGAAGAUCUCGGGAAACGAAAACCUGCAGCCUACAUGUGCCGCGGUGUACGCGCUCGGUGUUUUAAAGAAAUUACUGGGCGAAGCCAUGGACAAGUACAAUUCGGUCAAUGAUAGGUACGAUGGCAAGUUCAAGUCAUAUACCAAGUACUUGAAGAACGGGCUCCCAGACGUGUUAGGUCGUCACAUGGACUACAUGGAUGGACCCAGUUUGCCCUACUUCGACUGUCAUUGGGUAGGUGGAGGAAAAGACUGGAGAGGUGCCUGCCCAGUUCCUAAUAAUGUACGUGGGAAUCAACCGUUCGAUGUAUGGAAGAUCACGCAGACUUUGAGAGAUUCCGAUGGAUUUUACAAAGACUUACAGAACAAGACGGGUAUUCUGCAAGACUGGAUCGAGUUCUACACUUAUAAGGAGCAUUCUAACUGCCAGCCUGAGCCUUGCAACAACCUGGACUUGACCAUCGAAGGUCAAGCACGUCUCAAAAAAGUCUACGACAUUCCAGAUCCGAAGGAUGUCGUCACCAAGGCGAUGGGGAACCAAGGCAGCUUGAUGCAUUCCCUAACCGUGCAGAUUUUCAGCAUCGGUAUGGGCCUUUGGAAUGGAAGCAUUCAAGACGUGGUGCAGUCUCUUGCUGUUCCGGUCUUCCUCGUACAAAAUGCUAUCGAAGGAAUGGAAGACGCAAAAGAGCUCGCUGCUGCAAAUGGUGGUCUCGCGAUCCAGACAGUCGUCGAAGAUCCAAGUAUGGCCCCGUUUGCUGUCAUGGAAGCAUUGAGUCUGGGACGCUUGAAAACGCCCAAGGAGUAUUUCUAUGCGGCUAAAUUCCGAACGGUGAUGAAGGAGAAGGAUAUCUCUGCAUUGGGAAGUAAGUAUGUUUCCCAAGACGCGAUGGUUCAGAAGAUCAUCAAGACUUGUAAGAAGUAG